AGUAGGGGAGACGCAGGGAAACAGAUCAUUUCGUCUCUUUUAUUUCAUAACUAUUCAACUCAUAAGAGGAGUAGUCGACACUCGAACAGAUAUCGGAUAGGAAAACCCUAAAUCCCCCGCCCCGCCACCCUUGCAAUAGAUAUGAGCGGCAGCGGGAGGCCCAGGACAAGCUCUUUUGCUGAGCCUCAAGGCGCUCCCGGAGCCGCUUCAUCAUCCGCUGGAUCAGCCGCUGUCGUGGGGAGCAACACAGGAAAGACCGGGGUCUCGCAGGCCUCGGGCACAUCUUCGUCUGGGUGCGGAAAUUUGAAGCUGGCCAGGGACAGCGGAAAGGUGACGACGGUGGUGGCCACCCCUGGGCAAGGCCCAGACCGCCCUCAGGAAGUGUCUUACACAGACAUUAAGGUAAUUGGGAAUGGCUCCUUCGGAGUGGUGUACCAGGCUCGCCUCGUCGACAGCCAGGAGUUGGUGGCCAUCAAAAAGGUGCUGCAGGACAAACGCUUCAAGAAUCGGGAGCUUCAGAUCAUGAGGAAGCUGGACCACUGCAACAUAGUGAGGCUCCGCUACUUCUUCUACUCCAGCGGGGAGAAGAAGGAUGAGGUCUAUCUGAACUUGGUGCUGGACUACGUGCCAGAGACGGUGUACAGAGUGGCACGACACUUCAACAAAGCCAAGACCAUCAUUCCCAUCAUCUACGUCAAGGUGUAUAUGUAUCAGCUGUUCCGCAGUUUGGCGUACAUCCAUUCCCAGGGCGUGUGUCACAGAGACAUCAAGCCCCAGAACCUGCUGGUGGACCCUGAGACGGCUGUCCUUAAACUGUGUGACUUCGGCAGUGCCAAGCAGCUGGUCCGCGGCGAGCCCAACGUCUCGUACAUCUGCUCGCGGUACUACCGCGCCCCCGAGCUCAUCUUCGGCGCCACCGACUACACGUCCAACAUCGACAUCUGGUCGGCGGGCUGUGUGCUGGCGGAGCUGCUUCUGGGCCAGCCCAUCUUCCCCGGGGACAGCGGCGUGGACCAGCUGGUGGAGAUCAUCAAGGUGCUUGGGACCCCAACAAGGGAACAGAUCAGGGAAAUGAACCCCAACUACACAGAGUUCAAGUUCCCCCAGAUAAAAGCACAUCCCUGGACAAAGGUCUUUAAGCCGCGUACCCCGCCCGAGGCCAUCUCCCUGUGCAGUCGCCUGCUGGAGUACACGCCCAUGACGCGCCUCUCGCCGCUGGAGGCCUGUGCCCACGCCUUCUUCGACGAGCUGCGCCAGCCGGGCGCGGGGCUGCCCAACGGCCGCACCCUGCCCCAGCUCUUCAACUUCACCACGACUGAGCUGUCCAUCCAGCCGCAGCUGAACUCCUCCCUCAUUCCGCCUCACGUCCGCGCACAGACCUCGGCCAGCUCACACGAUGGUCCUGGAUCAGAUGGUUCUGCACAGCCCGGUUCAGCUCUCAACAAUAGCACCUGAACAAUCACUAUUGAUCACACAUACAUUCAUACGCACACACACACACGCAUACACACCCACACAUGCAUACACACACACACACACACACACACACACACACACACACUAACACACGCAGUAGCACGUAAAUCAACUCCUCAACAUGCGUAACUGACCAUAAGCACACAUACCUGAACUCACACCUACAGUACAUGCUAGAAUACUCAACUUAAACCAUUACCUCAACCAUACUGUUAAAAUAAAAAAUAUAAAACACACACACACACACACACACACACACACACACACACAGUGCACACUCAGCUCCCACCCCAACACACACACAUACACGCACACACUCAAACAAACACAUGCCGACAACAUGCACACAUAUUGUUCCUGAUUCUUAUUUAUUUUAUUUUGUUAUAAAUAGAGAAAAACACACACACACACACACACACACACACACACACACACACACAAACACCCUGUAAUGUGUUCAGAUGUACAUAAAGAGUUCCAUAUUUCAGUCCCACUGCACGGACAGUUCUCUUCCUGAAGUUCAAAACCAGUGAUAGAGCAAGGGACAAACCAGAGAGCAGAAACUCACCCAGUCGAUGUAAGCUACCUAUGAAUCUCUCUCUCUCACUCACACCCACCCACACAUGCACACACACACUGUACACACUGUACACACCCAGAUUUGCAAUCCCGACACACAUACACUUACCCACACAGCCACACUUGUACCUGCACACAGACACACACACCCACACACAGCAACCCCCGGUCUCUCUUAUUCCAGACAAACAGUGGUAUCAGUCCUGUGAAAUGGGUGUUUGUACUACGGACAGAGCAGCUCUCACUGAAGCAUGUGUCCUCUCAUUACACCCGUAUUCACUACUUUUGGGGAUUGUUAUUGGACCUAUGGUCUUGAUUUAUGGAGUAUGGUUGUCAGACCUGUAUUCAUGUCCAUGGGUCGAUUAGGUGUGUUAAUGUAUUCAUGUAUAUAGGUCGGUUAUAAUAGCUGUACUCAUGUCAAUGGGAAUUUGUACAUCACUACUCAUGAUUAUGGCGAUUGUUAUAACACCUGUAUUCAUGUUUAUAGACAGCAGAACAUGCAGUGGCUGGAGGGGCAGGUCCUCUAUUUAAGAGUCUGCUUUUAUUGAGAUUUUUUUUUCUUUUUUUAUAUAAAUCUUAAUUUAUUUGACUGCACAGACAAUGAUGUUGAAAUACAAGAGACUUUCUGCCACCAAACACCAGGUCAGAUGUUUUAGCUUUGGGUUGAAAUGAACGAAAAAAAUAUUAGGUGCAGGUCCCUCUGAUAAAAGACAAGAGAAAAAGAUGUCAAGUACAUAAUGUGGUCACAACAGUGAGCUUUUCAGAAACAGGGAAAACGAAGAAGCUAUGGUUUUAUACUUUUAUUGCAUUGUAUUUUUUAAAGUCCUUUUUUUGUCCCUCCUUUUUUUCCUUGUAAAUGUAUUUAUUGUUUUAAAUCAUUUUUGAAUGGCAAGGGGCGUAAAGGGUUAAAGUGGGUGGGCUGGGUAAGAGAAGGGUGGGUAAGAGAGGGGUGGUGUGCCCGUGUGAUUGGGAGCAGUCGAUCAUCAUCUCCCAAGGGUCGAGUCUUAUAUUUAAGUCUUAACGUGCAUCCCUAGGUGGGAUCCCCUUUUAAAAGCCACACCUACCACAGUGUACAUACUUAAUCCGCAAUGAAAAAUAUAACAGGAAAUAAAGCAGUCGCUGGUAUAACUCCGUGGAUGUUGUCAGUAGAGAAAACUGAGAGAUUGGAGGAUGUGAGAGAAGAUUACUGUAUGUGUCCACUUAGUUGUAUUGGUCUGGGUUUUGUAAAAGAUGCACCACAGUCACAAAGCAUUUCUGUUGCUCAGUACAAUGGACUAUUCAAACAGGGAUUCAUAUAUUCCACAGGGCGUCCGUAUGAGUUGUAGUGAAUGCUAAUGAAAAAUGUUGUAUAUUAUCCGUGGAGCAAGUGUUAGGGAUUGUGCACUCUUUUUUUUUUUUUUUUUUAAUCAUUAUUGGCAAAGCUAUAACUGGUCUGCGGUUCAAGGACAUUCUAUUGGGACUUGGAAAGUGAACUGUGGUGUAUUCUCUGGUAGAGUCUGGGUAUUUAUUCCUCUUAAUUCCUUUUAGACGAUAUAAGAGACUGGUCGCUAGUAGAGAGUAGCUGAAGUAGAAAAAGACUCGCGUGGCUGUGGCUGUCUUGUGCGAUUUUUUUUUUCUUCCUUUAUUUUUUUUUCUUUCUGCGUUGCAUUACGUGCGCAACUCAGAAUGUUGCACCUUCCAAUGUACUAGAUAAGAUCAUAAACGCAUCAGUAUUGAUCCGUAGCAAUCCAGCCGCAUCUUCUGAAAUGUACAGUGUAACUUCCGCCUUUGCCUCUCCUAUAGAACAAAACAUCUCUUCUGCUUCUUCCCCCCUUCCCAAUCCUCUGUUCCUUCUCGGUCCCAUGUUGCACUUGUCUGCCGUCUGUGAAGAUCACCUUUUUAUUUACCUUUCCUUGCUUUUUUUCAGAACAUUGUUUUUUGUUUUUUUGUUUUGUUGUUGUUGUCAGGUGUUCUGUGGAAGUGGUGUGGCUCUGUCCAUAUUCACUCCAGGCACUCGUGUCUGUUUGUAAAUAUUGUUGUAUCUCAAGCCUGUGUUCCCAGAUGUAAAUACCAAACUGUACCACUUUUCUCUGUUUUUUGAUUUAGAAUGUAUCUCCGUCUUGGUCAUCUCUCUCUCUUCCUCUCGCUCAAUAUGUGGUUGGCUGCCUCAUAUUGGGAAGCUGGAGAACAGCUAAUUGCUUUUUUCUUUUUUUAUUUAUUGUGGUUUUAGCUGGUGUCGUUUCAUGUGAGGCCAUAAUUGUACUUACCUGUGAUUAGUGUGUGCGUGCGUGUGCGUUCCGAGUGAGUGAGUUUGCCUUUUUAGGCUAUGUACUGGCUUGUUUGGCACAGUCAUCAUUUUAAAGUAAGGGAUGCUAUGCGACAGUGUAUGUGCGAGCAGAUAAAAUCAGGUUAAAGCCUACUCUUGGUGUUGAUGUCUCCCCCCUUUGACAAGGUUUCUCAAAUAAUCCGGGGCGAACUGACAGCAGUGUUAGAAGAAUAAAGAAAAAAUAAGUUUCUGUAAACACACUGAAGUUUUGUGACGUCUGGCAGUGGGUCUACUGCUGCUUAACGCACCCUAUUGUGGCUGUAGUUUGUCAUUUGAUUGGGUGCAUGCUGAACUGUAGAUCCUUGAGCCAUGAUGGUGUUGGCAAGGAACACCCCUGCAAACACCUAGCAACUGUCAAGUUUUUUUGUUUUGUUUUGGUCUCAUAUGUUUCUAAAGCUGGACUGGCUGGAUAUUGUCGCAAACAUAUUGUUCCCUGUGAGUACCUGAUAACUGUAGCUUUUUAUUUUAUUUUAUUUUUUGAUGCAGCGAGUGUGUCAUGUUUUAAGAGCUGAUGCCAGAGCUUUGGUCAAGUUCUGCUGACUGGAAGAGGGUGAGAGAGAGAAGAGGGGAGAUAACAUGCUUGUCAGUCUGAUUUGAACUCAUUAAAUAAAGAGAUGAAACUUCCAACGGUC